GUCCGAACCUAGGCAAGGUUUCAUACAAAACUUGCAGCCUUAUUGAUCUUUUGAAUGACAGGGCUCCACACAAAUCGACCGUUGGAUGUUAAAUUUCCCGUUGACAAUCGAUCUGCAGUGAAAAAAUGGCGAACAAAUAAAUGCAAAGAUUAGUACCCAUGGUAAAAAAAAGUCCCUUGAUUUUUGUUCUCUCCAGCAGCAUUUGUAGUCUUUUGUAUGCCCACCUGCUAAACUGGGCCUAUUGAGCUUGCAUUGCAAGUUACAGAGCUUGCUGUUGGGUUCUUGUUUUUCCCUGAAGAUAUAACAAUGGCUGCCUCAACACCAGAUGGCCCUGUUACAUUGGCCUCACAUAGGCGCCCCUUUGCUCAUAGGAGGCAUGAUUCAUUUGGAGACAAUGUUAUCAGGAGUGGGUGUGCUUCAAAUGUCAAUACCAUGGAUGAAGUCGGCAGAAGAAAGGCAGAAGAAGCUGCAAGCAGAAGGUUUCAAGCUGCAGCAUGGAUUACAAGCAUGGCCGAGCCUUCAGACAUGCCAUAUGAACCAACUGAGGACGAGUUUCGUCUGUGUUUAAGAAAUGGACUUAUUUUAUGCAGCUUAAUUAAUAAGGUUCAGCCAGGAGCAGUGCCAAAGGUGGUUGAAAAUAUUCCAUCACUUUGCCCUGAAGGCCAGCCUUUAUCUGCUUAUCAAUAUUUUGAGAAUGUUAGAAAUUUUCUUGUAGCUGUUGAGGAGUUAAAGUUGCCUACAUUUGAAGCUUCUGAUUUGGAACAAGGGAGCUUGCAACCAGGUUCUACAACAAAAAUCGUAGACUGUAUUUUGGCUUUGAAAUCUUACCAUGAAUGGAAGAAAUCUGGAGGAAAUGGUUCUUGGAAGUACACAGGCCUUUUGAAGUCCCCUAUGUUUCUCAGAAAUGCAGGAUCCCCUCAAUGCACCUCUUCUUGUAUGGUUACAAAGGGCUUUGAAAACCUGUCAAAUCUAAUAGAUGGUAGCAUGCAAAAGAAUUGCAGGCAGUUGGAUCUUUCAGGAUGUGAAAAACCUAAAUUUGUAGAUGCAGUGGAGGUUAAAGAAAAUGGUCCAAAGACAGGGCAGAUUCAACAAGAUGAUGUUGAACAGAGACUCACUGAAAUCUCACAUUGUAAAGACCUAAUCGGAGCUUGGCUAAGGAGUUUUGUUGUAGGCAUCGAGGAUUCAAAGGAAAACAUUGACCGGAACCUUUCUGAACCGCUACAAGCUGCAACACUGAAUGGUUCAACAGAAACACUCAUGAAUCUUAUUUUUGCAACUCUUAAAGAAAAACAACAAGAAAAUAAUUCAUUGAUUAAAAAAAUACAGGAUCAAGAGUUUUGGGAAUGUUCCAAUUCUACAGAAUCAAAAAAUGACCAGUCUAAGACAAUACAAAGGCAUUUGGAAAAAAAUAAGGAGUUUCAGAUGCGUUUAGAAGUGCAAAGAAAAGAACUCACGGAUAUGAGAGUUUUAUUACAAAGAACAAAGGAAGAUUUACAAUUAAUGCAAGCCAGACACCAAAAGCAAUGGGAAUUACUAGGGAAUGAGGUCCAACGCCUUUCCAUUCCUGCUUCUGGAUAUCAUAGAGUUGUCGAAGAAAAUAAGAACCUUUAUAAUGCCCUACAAGACCUCAAAGGCAAAAUAAGAGUAUACUGCAGGGUCAGACCAUCUCAUGCAGGCGAUUCUGGUUUGCAAAGCACAGUGAAAUUUCCUGGGGAAGAUGGGUCACUUCUCAUAGUCAAUACAUCAAAGACUGGGAAAGAUGCGGCAAAGAUGUUCAAUUUUAAUAAAGUUUUUGGGCCAUCUGCAACACAAGAGGAAGUUUACUUAGAUACACAACCAUUGAUCAGAUCCGUAAUGGAUGGUUACAAUGUCUGCAUUUUUGCUUAUGGUCAAACAGGAUCAGGGAAAACACACACCAUGAGUGGACCGACAGGUGCUUCUGAGAAGGAGAUGGGGGUCAAUUAUCGAGCACUUAGUGACCUUUUCCAGAUAUCUCAGAAGAGGAAACAUUUGACGAAGUAUGAGGUUUCUGUUCAAAUGAUAGAGAUAUACAAUGAACAAGUGAGAGAUCUUCUUGGCACAGAUGCCUCAAACAAGAAAUUAGAUAUUCGAAACAAUGGACACAACGGAUUUAAUGUACCAGAUGCUAGUGUUUUGCCAGUUAAUUCGACAUCUGAUGUCUUAGACUUGAUGAAUUCUGGCCAAAAGAAUCGCAGUGUUAGCUCUACUGCCCUCAAUGACCGCAGCAGUCGUUCUCACAGUGUAUUGACUGUGCAUGUACAAGGCACAGAUUGUGUAUCUGGAUGCACCCUUCAUAGCUGCCUACAUUUAGUGGAUCUUGCUGGAAGUGAGAGGGUGGACAAAUCUGAAGUAACAGGAGAUCGGUUGAAGGAGGCCCAGCACAUCAAUAAGUCUCUUUCAUCUCUAGGAGAUGUGAUUGCAGCACUGGCACAGAAAAAUUCACAUGUACCAUAUCGAAACAGCAAGUUGACUCAAUUGCUUCAAGAUUCCUUAGGGGGUCAGGCAAAGACCUUGAUGUUUGUUCACAUUAGUCCUGAAUUGGAUUCGUACGGAGAGACACUUAGCACUCUUAAAUUUGCUGAAAGGGUGGCUACCGUUGAACUUGGUGCUGCUCGGGUAAACAAAGAAAGUGCAGAAGUCCGUGAGCUUAAAGAACAGGUAGAUAGUUUGAAGAAAGCUUUAGCAAGAAAAGAAGCUGAACUAGGGAACUCACAGAGUGUGAAGGUAUCUCCACUUAUGUUUGAGAAGCAUAAAGGAAAGAUAGAAAAAACACCAGUGCGCUCAAGCCGAUUAAGUCUUGAUGGCCCUGGACGGAGAAAUACUGAACAAUUGAAAGAUGGAAUAAACAAAAUGCAGGACCAUAACAAUAUUUCUAAUUUUGGAGUAGUUUCUCUUGGGGAAAUUCUUUAUACUGGUGACAAGGUGAAACUCAAUAAUACCGAGAUGCAAGUUGGCAAAUCAAUUGGCAGGGGAAAUAACCGUCGACACAGUUUGAGUGGGAAGACUGUUGAGCUUAUUCAAACUCAGAAGGCUAAUCUCCCACCUAGAACACCUGAACACCCAAGUAUGGGGUACGAUAUUUCUAGCAAGUCUUCAGAACAAGUGAAAUCAGAGACCAAGACACUAAAUGUUAUUGUGACAGCAUCCAAAAAGUCUUCAAACAUCAAGAAGUCACUGCAGACAUUUGGAAAAUUCAUGAAUGGUAGUGAAAGAAGAAGUCAAAAGCAAGUGGAAUCAUCAUCUCCAGUCUCCAAUGUCAACCGCAGAUUUUCAAGUGGUGGACAAAACCAUCCUUCUCCCAGGAGGCAAUCACUUACUGGUGUCCUGGCUAGGCGAGCUUCUCUUACAGGAAAGCUACAUGUUGAAUCAAUCCCAAUAGCUUCUCCACAAGGACACAUUGAGUCACACUGCAAGAUCCCACCUCUUCAGCAGUGUUUGAAGACCCAUAAACGGUGGAUGUAAUAUAUCACAUAUAUCACCUGCACAUAACACUCUAGUGAUUCCAAAGAGGCUGGCUUGAGGACGUGUUCGAUGUGAAAGGCAAUCUCAAGAUUGAAAUAAAUACCUGCUUGAUAUGAAAAGGCUGGCUUUUGAGGACACGUUUAAUGUGAAAGACUAGUUUGGAAUCAUCGUAUGUGCAACUGAACUUAAAAUCCAGAGACUGAUUCUUUAUACUCCUUGUUCAACACCAAAUGCUGGAUUGGAGACAUCUUUAUGGAAACGUGUAUAUAAAACCCUGACUGCUUCUUCAUUCUUCGUAUUCUUGAAAUAAAUACCUGCUUGAUAUGAAAGGCUGGCUUGAGGACGUGUUCGAUGUGAAAGGCAAUCUCAAGAUUGAAAUAAAUACGUGAUUGAUAUGAAAAGGCUCGCUUGAGGACAUGUUUGAUUUGAAAGAUUAGUUUGAAAUCAUCGUAUCUGCAAGUGAACUUAUAAAUCCAGAGACUGUUACUCAAUUUCUUUAUUCUCCUUGUUCAACACGAAAUGCUGGAUUGAAGACAUCUUUAUGGAAAAGUGUAUAUAAAACCCUGUGUUCUUGACAUUCUUCAAAUUCUUGGAUUCCUUGUUAUUAUUUAUCAUUCAUGUCCAUUCAUAUAGAAUUUAGACCUGGUUUCCUUGUUAAUAUGGGAAGGUGAACUAAAAAAUCCAGACUGGUCCUUCAUGUUCCCCCCAUGUUGGAAUCUUUGGACAAACAGUGAAAGAUUUCCUUGUUAAUAAUUAUCAAGGAUAUGCAAAAUGUAAAGGAAACCAUGUGACAUCGAUUAGCAUUGAUU